UUGUCAGACGUGAUAUUUUUUCGGCAAAGUGUCGAAGCAUAAAUCCUUAUCGUUCGAUUAAUUAUCUGUGAAACAAGAAGCAAUAUGGCUGAGAGAAUAUCGGAAUUAUUUAAUUCAUUUCAAGACUAUAUGAAUAAUGAAGAGGAAUUACGCGAGGAAAUCCGUGCUAUUGUAAAAGAUCUUGAGAGGACUUCCAGGGACAUUGUGAUGAUGUUACAGAACAUACAUAAUGAAAAUAACGUGGAAGAGAACAUAAUUGUUUCUCAGUAUUGUUCAUCAGCCAGAGAAUUGUUUGAGGAUGUACGUAAAGAUUAUGCAAGGCUUGCAUUAGUUGUACCUAAGGAUCAGUAUUACAGAUUUCAUGACCAGUGGCGCUUUGUGACACAAAAGUUAUGUUUCCUAGCCUCCUUAGUGAUUUACCUAGAGAUUAAGGUUUUGGUUACCAAAGAAACUGUCGCAGAGAUGUUAGGAAUUAAAAAUAGAAGAGAGGAUGGUUUUCACUUGGACUUGGAAGAUUUCUUAAUGGGUUUGUUACAGUUGGCUGCAGAAUUGAGUCGAUUUGCUGUGAAUAGUGUCACAAAUGGUGAUUAUAACAGACCUAUUGAAAUAGCACGUUUUGUGAAUGAACUGAAUGCAGGCUUUAGGCUUUUAAAUCUGAAAAACGAUUCCCUAAGGAAACGUUUUGAUGGUCUAAAGUAUUCUGUCAAAAAGGUGGAGGAAGUAGUUUAUGACCUGAGUAUACGAGGCUUGAAGCCUGGUUCCAAUCCAAUCGGUCAAGAAACAGAGUAAAUAUUUUACAAGGAUCCUUUAUAAUACUAAUAAUAUAUAUAUAAUAAA